CAGCAAUGUACCAGAAAUCACAUAUACUGUCCACAGUCUCUUGGUCAUCCCCUGCACUGUCUGCAGUCUCUGGUCAUCUCUUGUACUGUGUCCGCAGUCUCUGGUCAUCCCCUGCACUGUGUUCGCAGUCUCUGGUCAUCCCCUGUACUAUGUCCGCAGUCUCUGGUUAUCUCCUGUACUGUGUCCGCAGUCUCUGGUCAUCCCCUGCACUGUGUCCGCAGUCUCUGGUCAUCCCCUGUACUGUGUCCGCAGUCUCUGGUCAUCUCCUGUACUGUGUCCGCAGUCUCUGGUCAUUUCCUGUACUAUGUCCGCAGUCUCUGGUCAUCUCCUGUGCUAUGUCCACAGUCUCUGGCCAUCCCCUAUACUGUCCGCAGUCUCUGGUCAUCUCCUGUGCUAUGUCCACAGUCUCUGGUCAUCUGUACUGUGUCCGCAGUCUCUGGUCAUCUCCUGUACUUUGUCCGCAGUCUCUGGUCAUCUCCUGUACUUUGUCCGCAGUCUCUGGUCAUCUCCUGUACUUUGUCCGCAGUCUCUGGUCAUCUCCUGUAUUGUGUACGCAGUCUCUGGUGAUCUCC